AUGACCAUGACGCCGCGAGCUCGUCAUCCAAUUGCAGCCGCCGAGAACUCAACAUGCUCUCCGAGCUCAUCUUCGCCAGACAAGCAGUUCAAUGCUACGCAGCUGCCAUCGCGAUUGGACCCGCAAACCUGCUUCACGGUCAUCGUUGGGCAGGUGGCUAAUCUCUAUGAUGCCGCACAAACCAAAUCAAACGUUUCUGACCAGGCGACCCUCGCAAACGAGGCGGCACUUUUGCAUCCACCCAGAACUGCAGUUGAACCGACGGCUUGGUCGACUCGUCGGAAGUGGAUUCUUAUCUCUCUCGUGGGACUAACUAUGUUCAACGGCUCGUUUGCAUCCACUGCGCCCAACGGAGCGGGUAUCCACCUGGCUCAGCAGUUUGGUCUCUCAAAUGAGGAGAUGGUCUUCAUCGCCACUUCGUUUGUUGGCGGCUGCGUUGCGGGUCCUAUCAUCUGGGCUCCCUUGUCCGAAAUACACGGAAGGCGACUUGUCUUUCUCAUCUCGACACUGCUGUAUUCGCUCACCAACAUAGGAUGCGCCCUCGCCCCUACCAAAGCUGUUCUGUUCUCGUGUCGUUCCCUCGCUGGCAUCUGCGCCUCUUCUGCCUUUUCAAACGCUGCGGCCGUCAUCACGGACCUCUUCGCUCCUCCAGACCGCAACGGACCCUUAAUCGUCGCUUCACUAGCGCCUCUGUUGGGCCCUUGCUUCGGACCCCUUUUUGGUGCUGGAGUCGGUCUGAAUCUCCGAUGGCCGUUUGUGUUUUGGCUGCUCGGUGCUAUCGGCUUGGCAUUGGACGUGAUGCUUCUCUGCGUACCUGAGACCUACGCCCCCGUCAUCGCUGUCAGCAUCAGGCCAAAGGAGAGCAUCCGUUCGCAGGCCACGUCGUGGCGAGGAAAGUCGCGGACCUUCUUUUUGGUCAACCUCGGUAGACCAAUCAAGAUGAUGUGCAGAGAGCCAAUCGUCAUGUGUGCUACAUUCUAUCUGUCUUUUUUCUUCGCUCUCAUGUACAUCUUCUUCGCCAGCUGGCCGUUGAUCUUUGGGCCGCCAGGCAUCUACCGGCUCGACGCGAUGCACAGUGCUGGUGGAGCGUUUGCGGCCAUCUGGCUCGCAACACGGGAGCACUCCAGUACCAAAGCAAGCAGUCCAGCAAAUGGGCCAAUGCCCGAGGCCAAGCUGUUUCCUACCUUCUUUGUCGCGCCUCUCGUGGCUAUUGGACUUCUUUGGGCAGGGUGGCUAGCGCGAACGAGCAUUCCGUACCAAGUCACCAUGCUAGCAGGAAUUCCGAUCGGCGCUGCUAUGGUGCUAUGCUUCCACGGCUGGAUCGGCUUCCUUGGGGAUUGCUAUCGACUCUACUCGUCAUCCGCCAUUGCGGCCACGGUCAUUGGUCGCUCCAUCUCUGGCGCUACCAUCCCCCUCUGCACACAUCGACUGCACGAGAGGCUCGGUGGUAUCGCCUUUCUGUACACCAUGCUCGCUGGUCUGGUGGUGCUGACCGUUCCGAUGCCGUUGCUUGUGUUUCGGUUCGGGGCCAAGCUACGCGCCCGGUCCAUGUACAAGCCCGGCAGAGGCUGA